AUGACAACCGCUGGUUGGCGUAGCGUUCGGAUGUCUCAAUUCAAUCUAUUGCUUGCGUUUCCAUUGUUUUGUAGUGUAAUAAUUCCGCGCUCAAUUGCAUCUUCGGGAAAUGAAGACUUUAGGUACCAAUACUGUACGGAGCAAUGUUCCCUAAACUUGUGUUCUAAUUCGAAAGGACAUUUAACUGCUUUGAAUAGGUUAAAUUUUUUAACCUGGACUUGCAAAGAAAAUUGUCAAUAUGACUGUAUGAUGAAAGUCACUGAGGAGGACAUAAAAAGUAAUAAAAAGAUUAAACAGUUUCAUGGAAGGUGGCCUUUCAAAAGGAUUUUCGGCAUACAGGAUCCUGCGUCUACCUUAUUUUCUCUAUUAAACCUUUUUGCACACUUACUAGGUUGGAGAAAUUACUCUAAGCAAGUUAAUAAUAACCCCUUAAGAAAGCUUUGGAAGUAUUGGUUCUUACUUAGUUGCAACGCAUGGGUGUGGUCAGCUAUAUUUCAUGCUAAAGAUACUGCAAUCACCGAAAAACUAGUAGUUUUUCUCACUUGUUAUUAA